GCGGACCGACGUGGUUCGUCGCUUCUUUCAAAAAUUCGUUAUUAAUUUAUGACAAAAUAAUAAUAAUAAUUAACCGCAAUUUUAUAAAUAUUCGGUGAUGUUAUUCGUCGAUAAUUUCAAUCCAAUCAGACUUUAAUUCAAAGGCAAUAAUAUCUGGUGUUGAGAUUUUGAAUUGAAUAACUAAAAACUUCGUCGGUUAAUUAGAAGAAGUGGUAUUUUAUCAGUAAACAUUUUUUUUAUAAUGCUGAUGGAAUGGAACCAAUGGACCCUGAGAUAAUGUGACGACUCGCGGAUUUACCGGGGAAAUGCAUCGGUAUUUUCACUGAGCGACCGAGUACGAGUGCAGAAAGUUGUACAACUUAGAGAAAAAAAAACCGUGAAAAAUCUUGGCGUUAAUAAAUAAACAAUGAAAAAAACACCGGAAACACAUUGAAAUAGAGGGAUAAAAGUCAAGUGAGUGAAAUAUUUCAGGUUGAAGACUGUGCCAGAGUAAGUUAAGGGGAGGAGAAAAAAUAGUGAAGAGGAAAACCGUGUGUGGAUAAGGAGUGGCCCCGAGCGGCCGUAAAAUCAACAGGUCUGUGUGUGUACCCUCCAUGAAAAGGCCAAGUUUUAAUACUGCCCUCACCCUCACCCUCUCCAAGGCAUACACAAGACCAACGAGUACACGAGUACAUCGUAAAAAGUGAAUUUUGUCUAAAAAUUCAAUUCCCAGACGAAUAAAUGGAGUAGAAAACACAAGAAAAUUUUUUUUUUUGCAUCGAAGUUGCCACUAUCAGUUAAUUCUCCACUGUAUCUUCAAUAUAACGCAUAAUACGUAGCGAAGGAUAAGAUAGAGGAGGUGGAGGAGGUGGAGGAUGUAGAGAAAUAAAAUAGGAGAUUAUAAAACGAGAAAGAUGCUAGCUUGUGUUUAUCCAGCGGAGAGCUUUAGGACGAAAGCAGUUACGGUGAAGCUGAAACACGCUGGAAAAUCGAAGAAGAGAACAAAGUUACUAUCGGUAAAGGAAAGACCGAGUACUGCCAAGCCCGAUGUACCACUCACUACUUUGGCAAACAAUGAGUUACCGGUGGGCGGGGGUGGGGCCGUGCUGGUGCUCAGCGAACUCGAGAGCAUGGCAGCUAGGCAACAGAGAGAGAUUGCUCAGCAGAGACGUCUCCUUGAACAACGAGAAGCCCGGCUGGCCGUGCUUCGAGGGGCCCAGGAACCAGCACAGCAGGAAAGACUCGCCAGACUGCGUCAUCGGCUUGAUCAGCAGCAGAGCAAGCUCAACAGGCUGAGAUUGCUCAGAUCGCAGACUGAUCAAUCACGGGCUAACAAUGCUACAUUGACUUCAGACCUGGACUGCAUAAGGGCUCUAUUCAAUGAAAAGGAGAAAGAACUGUCGUUGGCAGUGGCUAAGGUUGAGGAGCUGACGCGACAGCUCGAGGAGCUGCGAGGUCGACACAAUGCCAAUGCUGCUGGUGGACAAGUGCCAUCAGCAGCUAGUGCUGAACUUGAAAAAUUGCGGAGAGAGCUCAUGUAUCGAAAUAAAAUGAAUGAGCAGCAGAAUCAGGUGGUGUCUCAACAACGGCUUGUGCUGGCACAACGACAAGCGGAAAUGGCAUCAAUUGACGCUAGGAUAGCUCAACUCCAGGGUAGAUUGCAGCGUAAACGAGCGCUGAAUCAGCGUCUACUCAGUCAGCAAUUGAACAAUCGCCAGUGUGAAACAACAAAUACGUCUGGAUUUGAACAGACAACCAAGCAACAGGACUUUACGAGCCCGCCAAAACUUCGUCCCGCGGGUAAUGUUGCUGCCAUUGAGCCAUACAGUCACAUACCAAAUGACAGUGACUUCAAUCUCAACAAAAAUGAUCCAAAAUAUCAGACACUACCGUAUAACACUAAAUUUACCGUCAAUCUAAAACCGAUCGAGGACGAUGUCAAUAAAAAUAAUAUUCAGCACAGUCAGAGUGCAUCGCAAAUUGGACAAAGAGCGACGUUGCAGCAGUUGUCGCAUCAAAUUACGCACAGCCAGUCUCAAUCACAUAUUCAAGGUCAAUCGCAAAUACUAGGACCAACUCAUCCGCCGCAGUCUCCACAGCAGCCACAGCAGCCACAACAGAACAGUCCUCAGUAUCCCACCUCCAACUUCCUCGUCAACUCAUCCAACAACCACAACAAUAACAACAAUAAUAAUAACAACAAUAACAACAACAAUUCAAUCCUCACCUCAACCCCCUCGACUUUCCUCCAAGAGUCCCAGCCGCAGAUGACGAGGCAUCCGUCCCACCAAAUCCCUCAAAAGUCCCCACAGAGUACAACAAAUAUCCCCUCCACCCAGGCCCCACAAGAUACCCGACAAUCCAUCACUCAGACCCACAAUCACCGAAAUCUCACCCACCAAAAGCCAGUCUCAUCCGUAGCACCGAGUUUUCCAGUUAAAUCUCCAAUUUAUCAAACCUCAUCGAUUAAAAUAAAUCCAGUAAUGCCCCAAACAUUGAGUUUGAUAGGGAGGGGUCAUCCCCAGGGCUACACCGAUCGCUCCAACCACCACAAUUCCACUCCCCAGAGUCAGUCUGUAACAACAACAACAACAACAGCAACGACAACAACAAUAACAAACGACAAUUAUCCCCCGAGGCACAAUUAUCAGGGGCAAUUGAAUCAGAUCAACCAGGGGUACAAAAAUUCAAAUUUCUCACAGCCCCAGAAUUCAAUCAAUACCAAUUACUCGGGCUAUGCAGCGGGGAGUUACAAUCAGAUACAAAAUUCGGAUGGUCAGGGUGAUAGGGUGAAGGGUGACAAGCUUGAGGGGAAGUAUGAUAAUCAGAGAUUUGAGGUGCCUACUAAAUUGGAGUCGAAUCAGCACAAGUUGGAGCACAGUGGAUUGGCUGGGACACAUCAAUAUGGUAAACAUGAUCAUUCAGGGUUCAAGCACGAUGGAAACUUGGCACUGUUGAAGGGAGAUAAGGUGGAGAGUUUGGGACAAAAAUACGAGACCAAUCAGGGUAAACAUGAUCAUGGGGCUAAGCUAGAGCCACCGGUUAAAGGGGAGAGCAAGGAGGACAAGAUGAAGCCUGCACUACCACCGAAACCUGUCAAACCCAAUCCACCACCGAGGCUCAACAACCAGGAUAAGGGGGAUACCAGUGGGGAGACUGUGGGAGACACCAAUGCUAAAGCAACUGUUACAAGAAGUGAGAAGGAAGAGGAAGUGCCACCGAUUCCAACGAGCGAGCCUCCAGAAUCGCCUAAUGAAGUCCCAGUGGGUGGUGGUCACCAGAUAAUAAAGGCGCGCCCAUUGACCUUAAAAAAGGCUCACCUCUCGGAACAGCCACGACUCCGAUAUGCCAAAUCAAACGUUCACGUAUCGAUAAAUCGUAGAAUUGAGAUGCCCCCGGCAUUUCUAUUCCCAGAGACUGAAAUACCCGCGGAUCUUAUGCAAACGGAUCAACAAAAUACCCCGGAUGUAACUGAUCACAUUAGUCUGAAGCAGAUAAAUAACACUACAGAGGAAACGAAUUGCAACGAAAAAUUGGAGGACUCGGAUAUUGUUGAUGCACUGAAUGUCAUCAAUAUCGAGGACAAAUUGAAGAAGGAGGUGCGCUGCGAGGUGGAGUGCGAGAGCAAAGGGAGCGAGGUGAUACGGAGAAAGAAGGGAAAUUUAAAAUCCACAACGGGUAAGGCGAAUUUAUCGAGAAGGGUCUCUUUUGACCCACUGGCUUUACUGCUCGAUGCAAGCCUCGAGGGUGAACUUGAGCUCGUCAAGAAGACAGCCAAGGAGGUCGCCAAUCCUAGUUCAGCCAAUGAUGAGGGAAUAACUGCACUCCACAACGCCAUUUGUGCAGGACACCUGGAGAUCGUCAAGUUUCUCGUCGAAUUUGGCUGCGAUGUCAAUGCACAGGAUAGUGAUGGAUGGACACCUCUGCAUUGUGCAGCGAGCUGUAAUAAUCUCGCAAUGGUGAGAUUUCUCGUGGAACACGGUGCAUGCAUAUUCGCAACAACACUCUCCGAUCACGAAACAGCGGCGGAAAAGUGUGAAGAGGAUGAAGAGGGAUUCGACGGUUGCUCCGAGUAUUUGUACAGUGUUCAGGAGAAGUUAGGCAUUAUGAACAAUGGUCAGGUAUUUGCUGUGUUCGAUUAUGAUGCACAGCACAAUGACGAGCUGUCGAUGAAGAAUGGGGAUCAGCUCGUUAUUCUAAGAAAGGGAGAUGACAAUGAACGAGAGUGGUGGUGGAGCAAGCUUGGGCACCGAGAGGGAUAUGUUCCGAGAAAUUUGUUAGGGCUGUAUCCGAGAGUACAACCAUCAAAGACAGAGUAGAAGCUCACAUAUCUGCAAGAGAUUGUUUUUUUAACAAC